AUGGUAUCGCUGGGUGUAUUGCAGCACAAAGCUCAUCAGGGUGUGGUGAUCACCGCUUCUCAUAACCCCCCUUCCUACAAUGGCUAUAAGCUGAAAGGUGCACAUGGCGGCCCGUCCAGCCCCAAUGAUAUUGCUGCGGUGGAAGCGUUGAUUGAAGAUGAGGUAACGAUACCCACCACUUCAUUAAAAGAAUUUGAGUCCAAAGGAUUGCUGUCUUAUAUAGACCUGGAAGGCGAUUAUAUCACGUACCUGCAAGGCAAAUUUGAUUUUGAAGCGCUGAAUAAGUCGCCAUUUAAGCUGGCUUAUGAUGCCAUGUAUGGUGCUGGUCAGAAUGUAAUUAGAAAGCUGCUACCCGGUGCUGUCUUACUGCAUUGUGAUAAUAAUCCCGGUUUUAUGGGCCAGGCGCCGGAGCCACUGGAUAAGAACCUGCAGGAACUUGCCCAAACCAUCCGGAAUACACCGGAACUGAAAAUAGGCCUGGCUACAGAUGGCGAUGCCGACCGUAUUGGCCUCUAUGAUGAAGACGGCCAGUUUGUAGAUGCGCACCACAUCAUCCUGCUGCUCAUCCACUAUCUCUAUAAGUACAAAAAUAUGACCGGUAAGGUAGCCAUUGCCUUCUCGGUAACCGAUCGUGUAAAGCGUCUGUGCGAGGUAUAUAACCUGCCGGUAGAAGUUACCGCGAUUGGCUUUAAAUACAUCAGCGAGAUCAUGGUCAAUGAAGAUGUGCUGGUAGGUGGCGAAGAAAGCGGUGGCAUCGCCGUAAAGGGUCAUAUCCCUGAGCGCGACGGCAUCUAUGAUGGCCUUGCCCUCUACGAGUUUAUGAUGUCUACCGGCAAAACAUUGAAAGAGCUGAUACAAGAGGUAUACGAUAUUGUAGGCACCUUCGUGUAUGAGCGCGCAGACCUACAUAUUGAAAACGAGAAAAAGGAAAACAUCAUCCGCACGGCGAUGGAAGGUGGUUAUAAAGAUGCCUUUGGGAAGUACACCUUCAACCGUACCGAAAAUAUUGAUGGCAUGAAGUAUCACCUUGACAACGGCGGCUGGAUCAUGCUGCGUGCCUCUGGUACAGAGCCGCUGCUGCGCAUCUAUGCCGAAGGCAACAAAUUUUACUGA